AUGGCUGGAAAAUCGAAAUCGAAGCUUGACUGGUGGCACAGCAUCAAUCAGGUCAUGGUCAUGUUUGGAGUGGGACUCGGGUUCGGCAUCUACGGACCCUCUCUGAUGGAUCUGGCCGAAAUCUACUCUUCACCACCGCGAGACAUAGCUCUUAUGAAUUCAGCGAGGGCUAUCGGGAUGUUCCUCGGAUCCUGCACCGGGGGCUUCUUCUACAAUUUCAUGAACGAUCAGAUCUUGACAUUGAUUUUCUUGAUCAUAUACGGUGCCGGGACGGUGGUGACGCCAUUGCUCCCGAGCAUAUGGUAUCUCCAUGUAUGUGGCUUCGUCGCAGGAACAUCUUUCGGAAUCGCCCAUAUCGGAGCUCAAGUACGUCUCGUCAAAGUGUGGUCCGAUAAAAGUGCAUCGGCAAUCCAAGCAUUCCACAGCGCUUAUGGGGUGGGCUCAAUGAUCGGGCCGUUCUUCGUGGCUCCUUUCCUCAGCCUGAAGGACGAUGAGGACAUCAUGAGGGAAACACAGCUCCACAUUCCGUACGCUGCCUUCGGCUUGCUAUACGCAAUGGUAGCGGGAUCUAUGAUCGCUGCGUACCUAUACGAUCCGGCGACAAUCAAGAAAACGAAGGUUGAAGAUGAGCACAAGGACGAUCCAGCAGGCAAACGAUCAGAGACAUUCCUCAUGGUGCUGCUCUUCAUCUACCUCUGCAUGUGUGUCAAUUCUGAGCACACUUUCGGCACCUUCAUUUCGGUUUAUGCAAUCAACAGUCCUGACCUCGAGUUUUCGAGAUCCGAAGCAGCAUAUAUCGCAGGAAUUUACUGGUCCACCUUCACCUGCGGUCGGCUCAUCUCAAUUUUCUUGGCCGCCCUGUUUGAUCUGCAACAGCUUCUAGUGCUCUCACACUCAUUGGUCAUCGGGGGAUCGGCUAUGCUGAUCGUGUGGAGGAGUUCCGAGGUCUGCGCAUGGAUCGGAUCUGGCAUCAUGGGUCUCGGUCUCUCGUCGAUGUACGGCGCUGCCAGUGGUCUCGUCUUCGAGUAUGUCCGCAUACGCCACUCUUAUGUGGGCGCAAUUCUGGCGGCCGCGUGUCUCGGACUCGCCAUAUCAGCUCACGCCGUCCCUCCUUUCAUCGGAACUUGGCCCAUGUUCCUUCAGUACUACAUGGGGGUAGGAAACGUGUUGAAUACGCUAGUUUUGGUUGUGAUGUUCCUGGCUCUGAGAGGGCGAAGCAAGUUGACCGCGAAGAAGGAGGAAGCCCAAGAAAUGAGUAGAGAGAGCGUGGUCGCCUGA